AUGGGAAAUGUGGCGAAUGUCGCGACUCCUGAAGCACGAAAGGUGCGCUGGAAGAUCGACUGUGUGCUUCUCCCUUUGCUAGGUGUUUGCUACAUGCUCCAGUUCCUGGACAAGCAAACACUGAGUUAUGCAUCCUUACUUGGGAUCCUGGAAGAUAUCAACCUGGUCGACAGCCAGUUUUCGUGGACCGCGUCGAUAUUCUACAUCGGUUUCAUUUUCUGGUCCUAUCCAACGGUGUAUCUUUCUGUCCGGUUGCCCAUCGGAAAGUACUUAAGCUGUACCGUAAUUGUAUGGGCGGCAGUCCUGAUGUGCCACGCUGCGUGCCGCAGCUUUGCUACCCUGAUGGUCACCCGUUUCUUUCUCGGGGCCUUCGAAGCCGCAAUUGCCCCCGGGUUCUCGCUGAUCACAGGAAAAUGGUAUACACGCGAAGAGCAGCCCCUCCGCUAUGGGCUCUGGUUCGCCGGGUCUGCUGUAGCAAGUCUCUUCGGCGGCCUAGCCGCCUACGGGAUUGGGCAUAUCGAUGGUGCUCUUGUACCGUGGCAGUACCUGUUCCUCAUAUUCGGUGGGGUGACUGCUUUCUGGGGUACAGUAAUGCUGCUUCUCCUCCCCGAUAGCAUCAACGACGCCCUGUGGUUACGAAAGGCCCAACGACAAGUCGCAGCUCACCGUGUGAUGGAACCCUCGCAGAAAGUCCGGGGCGGUGGGUAUAAGCCCUACCAGGUGGUUGAAGCGUUUAAGGACCCAGUUACAUGGUGCCUAUCGCUGUACUCAUUCAGCGUCAAUAUCGCGAACGGCGGCUUGACCUCGUUCGGCUCUCUCGUCAUCCAGGGAUUUGGCUAUGAGGGGAUACAAGCGCUACUCAUCCAAAUGCCGACAGGCGCAGCCCAGUUGGGCUUUAUUGUUGUCGGUGCCAUCAUAUGCUCGUACUUUCGGAACAUGCGUACUAUCGUCAUGUUUUGCUUCGCCGUCAUCAGCAUGGUGGGCAUGGUGCUUAUGUUUGCUCUCGACGAGAAUAAUCGAUCCGGUCGCCUGGCUGGAUUCUGCCUCAGCCUGGCAUUUUCGGCGAGUAUGCCCAUCGCUUUGUCGCUGGUUACAAGCAACGUGGGCGGCAUGACGAAAAAGGCCACCAUCAAUGCCUGUGUGCUGGUCAUGUACUGUGCUGGGAACAUUGUCGGCCCGCAGUUCUUCAACGUCGAGGAUGCACCAAAUUAUCCCAAAGGCAUCCGGGCAAGUCUGGCUGGCUUCUGUCUCGGAGCCUUUUUCGUCGCAGUUCUGCGCCUGUACCUGAUGUGGACGAACGCCCGUCGAGACCGGCAGCCGAAUAUUGAAGAAAGCGCAGUACCGGACGAGGAGGAUAAGACGGACUGGGAGAUUCCAUCCUUUCGCUAUGUUUUGUGA